UUAAACCCACUGUAAAGCAAAACACGGGAAUUUUAACGCAAAAGAAAAAUAUAAAUUGUGUAAGCAUUAGAAAUUUUAGCAUUUUAAAAGAAAUAAUAAAAGAAUUAUAAUGCAGAAAUCACAACUUUUAGCCGAGUACAAUACGGUGGAAAAAAUGAGCGAACCAUGGCCCGAAGAUGCUACUCUCUAUCAGCCCUAUGAGGCUGAACAAAUUCUAUUGCCAGAAAAUGCCAGUUGUCUGGCUGUAAAGGCGUACCUCAAAAUGUGUAACCUGCCCUGCGAAGUAAGAUCGUGUGCCAACGCUGAGUUUAUGUCUCCCGGUGGUCGAAUGACGAAGUUGCCUGUUUUGCGUGCAGGGGCCUUUGUCUUUGCCGAAUUUGAACCUAUAGUCAAUUUUGUAGAGCACAAAACUGAAGCUAUUGGUCAGUGGUUAGAUGAAGACGAAAAAGAUGAAAUGCGUACUUAUGUCUCAUUGACUGAGCACAUCUUCACCAUGGCUGAAUUGUAUGUAAGUUUUGUAGUUGACCGUGUUUAUGAGGAUAUUACAGCACCCCGUAAUGGCUGCGUGUUCCCCUGGCCAUUAAAUAAAAUGCAAAACUUCUCGAAGAGGCGUCAAGCUAAGAAGCUCUUAAAAGUUUACCAAUGGGAUGAUAUGACCAUAGAGGAUGUCAUCGAAAAGGUUAAGAAGUGUUGUGAUACAUUACAAAUGAAAUUACAAGAAACCCAAGGACCCUAUUUCUAUGGUGAACAACCCUGUGAAUUGGAUGCUAUUGUUUUUGGACAUUUAUUUUCAGUGCUUACCAUCAAUCUACCCAAUAUGGCUUUGGCUCAAACGGUCCAACAAUUUAAACCUCUAGUGCAAUUUUGUCGUUUUAUAGAUGAUAAAUAUUUCCAAAUGAAACCAUUGUAAAAUAUUUAAAUGAUAUUUUAUUGUUUUUGUUAGUGUGUUUUCUUUCUUGUCUCAGUCAAUCCUAAUAAUAAUAAUGAACACAGCAUGUCCUGCUGUUGGUUUAUUAUUGAUUAUUAUAUUUUACUAGUUUUUUUGUUAAUAAAAAGAACAAAUUGUAUUUUUAAAAUAAGAAAAAAAA